AUGAAAACGUUCCUGCUUUCCAUCUUUGCAGUGCAGAUCCUCUACUGCUCAGGAGUGCCAAGCACCAAGGAAGCUCUGAGAGCUUCAGUUAUAAAGCUGAAUGAAAUCACGGAGAUCACCAACCUCUGUGGUAUCACCAGGAGAGGCGUGACAAAUACAUAUCGUACAGGUAAACUGUCGUACAAUGUAGAUUUAACAUUCUCCGUGAAAGAAACUAUCUGCUCCAAGAAUUCUGGACAGGAAUUUGAUGAUCCCAGCUGUUUCUUCCGCCCUAAAAACAUUGCGGAGAAAGGGUUUUGCAAAAGCCAUGUGGAAUUUCUUGCUGAUAAGGUAGCUGAUGUCGAAGUGGAGUGUGACGGUCUGUCGACAGUUGACAGCGAGAGUGACUCAACAGAAACAAGUGAAAACAGUAUUGAGGUAACUGCAUUCAUACAAUUCAGGACAAUGGAAUUUCUAGCAUAA